CUCUCAUCUGGUACAAAGCCACCAUCCUCAAAACUACUCCCCGCCCUGCACCUCUCACUUGAGGGGUUUUGUCUUGAAAUUAUUUGGUGACCUUACCACUGCUAGUACCACAUAAAUAAUCCCCAGUACACUGCAGAGUGGUUAGCAUUAGAAAGGACAUCCAGCCAUAGAAACCAUGCCAGGGCAGACAGUAGAGUUUGGUACAGUCUUCUGACCUACCAGCUUUUGCUAAACCAUCCAAUCUAUGUCAGCAUGGGAAACGGAUGUUAGAUGAUAAUGAUGAUGAAAAGCCUUCAGGUGAAAGUGAUGAUAGUUGGCACCAUCACAGCUGUUUCUGGGCCUCUGAAGAAUAUCAGUGUUUUUCACUGAGGUGCACUGGCAAUCAAAGAAAAAGCAUUACUGACAUAUUUCACACGGAAAGCCAACACAUGGACACGUUAAAGCAUGGAAGACCAAAUGCGGGCUUAGUUUCUGCCGAAGAUGCUGAGAAAUAUCAGAUGGUGCACAUAGGUUUUGGUGUGUACAUCCAUUCUGACCAAUAUUUUGAAGUGAUUCGUAAGAAGACUGAUGGUCAAGCUAUGGUACGAAUUUUAAUGAAUUUCUUGUUCAGCAAGGACCAAAUGAAAAGUGGGACUUUGUCUGUACGAGGAUGCGGAAGGUUAUUAAACCCUUUGCUUACGAAAGCUAUUAUCUUGUGGGUUCAGAAGAACCAGGAAGGUAAUUGUUCCCCAGUGACCCUGCGACAAGCAAUGUACAGAAAACUUUCAUAUCAUAAAUGGAGAGCUAAGAAAGAGCACGUGAUGCAAGCAUUUUCCCUGAAGAGCGAUCCAAGCAUUACUACAAUCAUCAAACAAGAAAGCGAUGAGACCCACUUUAUCGAGCCACCAGUGUCUGUAACUUCUGCGUCUGUGAACUCCUUGUCGGUGUUGGGCAGCUUCAGCAGUACGGCUGUUCCCUCCAACAGCUCUAUGACGAACACCAAUAUUAUUUCUACAAACCAAAACGAUGUCAACAUACCGAAUAUCGCGGCCAUCAAGCAACAAAUACACCAGUUAAACCAACAAGACACCAUUAACCGGAUUACGUUGCACCAGCAACAAUCUGCACAGACUUUGUUACCGUUUGAACUCUUACCUCAGAAUAACGAGGGUUCAGCGUCACUUGUGACCAGUGCCAAUGCCACUUAUUCAACUAGUAUAUUGACUCCUUUAGAACUGAUUGCCAAAGAGAAAGGUGGGAUCACGGUCAACAUGGACUGCCUCAACACGUUGUUGUCGUUUGUCUGCUGUCCGACGUGUCAUUCGCCUGUCAAUCACAAAGAAACUAUUCAGGGCUUUAAAACUGGGAUUCUCUAUUCUUUGCAGUUGUUCUGCAUAAAUGGGCACCUUAUUGGGAACCCUUCAUAAUACUGGUGACGCAAAUCACAAAACCACUUCCCUAACAAAAAAAAAAAAAAACCAAAACAAAACAAAGACACAGAAAGAAAAAAAAGAAAAUCUAUUUUUUUUCUUUUGAAAUUUCUAAUUAUUUUAUUGAUAUUCGAUAGACGUUUUUGACAAAGUUGUGUUAUGAUGAUGUCUAUUUUUAUCCAGAAUUCUGAUAUCUUGAAAGAAAAAAAAAUCUCUCAAAAUUUCUUAUGUCACAAUGAAUUUUUAAAGGUUUUUUUUUUUAAACGUUUCCUUUAUGGGCAGGUCCCCUUUCAGAUGUUUAUGUGAAUAUCAGCUACAUUACUCAUUAACUAUACUAAUUAAUAAUGGCUUUUCUCAUUUGUAACAUUUAGACUUAAUGUUUCCUCCUGUGUAACCAGUAGAGAAAGACUUGCACAAACGUGUGUGUGUGCGUAUAUAUAUAUAUAUAUAUGUAUGUCUAAUG